AUGGACUGUGACCUAGUUAAUAAGUGUCUUGAUCUCAUCCAUACCCUAGAAGGUACUGGUGCCAUGGUCCAUUUCAUCUGGAUACCCUCUCAUGUGGUUAUUCCGCUAAACGAAAAGGCAGACCGCCUUGCUCAAUGUGCCCUUCAAGAUGACACAGUUGACCUUGGCACUGAGUACACUCUAAGGGCACAGUGCCUGGAUAAGAUCAAGGAGGGCACCAAAAUCCCUCCUCGCUGCUGCAAUUGUGGGGAUGACCACAACGUCCACUCCACCCUCUGCACUGUCAGGCCUCGGCCCCAAAGGGAGCCUGCCACGGAUGAGGUGAGUCGGCCCAGGCUUGUGUUCCGCCAGGCUCCACCUCCCCAGACCAACGCCUGGGCAACGAAGCCCUCCUUCUCGGCCGCUGCCCCUCCCUUGUCCCAGCCUUCCUGCCCCACCACUGGCACUUCAACCACACCUGCCGUGUUCCCACCUUUGCCGCAGCACACUGCUACAGUGCCCCAGGCAGGCAACACUCAGGAACUGCCUGCCACCGACGCUACCCAGCAGCUAAUGGCGGUGGUGAGUGCACUAGGCGCCAAAGUGGACAACCUGACUGCAACAGUCUCUGGUCUUAGUACCGAGUUUGCUGCCUUCAAGAACCAGCAGCACACAGUAUGCAGUGGGACCGCCACUGUGGCCCCAACCCCAUCCCUAGCCAGUGGUGCUCAACAGGGCCAAGGAGAGAGUGCCGUGUGUCAGCAUAGCCUGUGCGACCCACCCAAGAAAAAGGACAAUGCUGCAGGGCAAUGUGCAACUGCUGCUGCACCCACACCGAGGAUGGAUACCCCUGCCAAGCCAGUCAAGGGAGCCACACGACAGCCCCGGAGCCCCUCAGGGAUGGCCCUGCUCCCCCCUGCUUCAGAAAGCAAGUGA